AGCAGGAGAGGAGCCAGGCCGGGUGGGGAGAGAGAGAGAGAGAGAGAGGGAUCACCCUAUCACGUUUUGUCGGCGGCGGCGGCGGCUUCGCCUGCUUGUGUGGCCGGGAGCGGCGAGGGCGGGGGCCCGGGGAGAGGCUGAAGCGUUGUCCAACACGUGAGGCUCAUGUGAUGGAGGGGAAGGCAGGUCUGUCCCUCCCUCCGGUAGCAGCCAGACGUGCCCGGAGUCACAGGGUAGAACACGUAGCUCCAGUCCACCCACUCGCUCACAUUUAACCCAGCCUGCAGCCUUCCAAUUACUCCUCAGCUCGCCAGCUCCCGCGCGACCCGGUGCAGACGCCCAGCGCUGCCAAGUGGAAGGAGGACAUGAGCAACUAAGAGCAGCAACAGCAGCAGCAGCCGACGCCGCUAGCUGAUCUCCUGCGCUCUUCCGGCGCCGCUUCUUUUGUGGGUGCCAGGCGCGCACCGUUUGCCGGAGGUGGCGCGUCCCGGCUCAGUCACUGGAUCCGCGUUGACACGAAGCAGUGCGUCUGCCAGCCAGCUAACUAGCUUGCCAGCCUCCACCUUACUUCCAGGAGAGAACUUGGGUUGUGGGGGGAAAAAAGGAAAUCAAGCCGGUUUAAAUGGAAAGGAUCCCCAGCGCUCAGCCUCCUCCUCCACCACCACCUUGCCUGGGCAAGCUGGCAGCUCUGGAGGGCAGCGAAAUGGCAGGGUAAGUGCCGCUACGGAAGGGUAUCCCGGGCAGAUUUGUUGAUAAAUGUUUCAAGGCUGCCAUCUCAAACGUCCCAUGGAAGCAAACGCGGUUUGCUGACGGGCAGACGUGCCGGGGCUUGCGCUGCGAUUCGCUUUCCGAGCCCAUCCGGCCGGUCUGGGUCCGCAUUAGCAGCCUCCGAAUUCCUCCCCACAUGGGCACCUACGGGCUUCAGUAGGUUCAGGGGCUGCGUGUGGAGGGGGAGAUGGUUGUCCCCUUGGUUAUGAGUGAUAUAACGUUUUUUUUGUCCUCUGCAGGUUGGAUUUCGCUCAUAUUUAUCAAGUUUACAAGCCCAGAAGAGGGUUAAAAAGGGGUGACGACAGCAAGGUAAAUACAAGCAUUUUUCUUCCCUUUUCCUUUUUUGUUUGUUGGCAUCUUUGGUUUAUGCCCACUUUUGAGAUGGUUUAAUGCACAGUUUGGGGUCGAAUAUAAGGAAGUUGUCCUGUGAAAUAAAUAUGAAGGAGCUUGGUGGGUUUCUUUUACAAAAAAAACAACAACACCCCAGUGUGCACAAACGUGUGUUUUUUGUUUUUUUCAGAAGAAAUAUACUUUUGAAGGGUGGGACGACACUGUUAAGAAUAUUUUCUUUUUAAGGAAAAACAGUUUUAGUACAUAAGAUUUACUUCCUUGUCAUAACCUAAAAUAACCCAUUAGUUGUAGCUGUAUAAAAUACUUUUCUGGGCAUGAUCAAAAUGCAUAAAUUUUCUGAUAUAAACUCUGUGGUACUUGGAGGAUUUUGCUUCUGCCUUAAAGAAAUGUUUCUUCAUCCUCCCCACCCCCCUUUAUGGCUGCACAGCUUUAUGUUUUAGAGCCCCUGAGAAAAGGUUGUCUCCAUAGCGCUUAAGAAUCACUUUUCAUUCGGAGUGAUGCAAUUGUUUUUCUCCCCUUUUGACUUCCAGGAGACCUAUAAGCUGCCCCACAGACUGAUAGAGAAGAAAAGACGUGAUAGGAUUAAUGAAUGCAUCGCCCAGCUGAAAGAUCUCUUACCAGAACAUCUCAAACUUACAGUAAGUGAAAAUCUGGCCACUGCCCAAAAUCAUCUUCCUUUUGGGGAGCAUGUUGGGUUUAAUGGAUCUUUGUGCAGGUAAAAGUGCCAUCUAGAGGUUUUCUGGAGUGCUGCAGAUUUAACUGGAGAGGGUUGCAUUUCAGGGUUUGGAUUGCCACUUCGAGUCUCCUGGUUUUGUUUCCAAUGAGAUCAGUUUCUCAAGAAAUUGCAUGCAUGGACUGGACCAGAUGACACAUUGAAAUAAACAGGGAUUAGAUAAAAGAUUUUUUUUCUGGACCGUACUGGAUAACUUUUAAUGUGGAUUUGCUAGUGACUCCUUUCUGUAUCGUUAUGUUUUUGCUUUGGAUCCCAUGGUUUCAGAUAGUUGAAUUCCUUUUAGGCUAGCCUUCCCCAACCUGGUGCCCAUCUAGAAGCUAUUGCGCUCCAACUCCCAUAUCACCCCUGACCAUUGGUCAUACUGGCUGGGGCUUGUGAGAGUUGGAAUCCAGCAACAUUUGGAGGGCACCAGUUUGGGGAAGGCUCGUUGAGACCACAGCUCCAAGCAACCCGUUCUGUGGUAUUAAGGACUGCAUUGUUUGUUUUUUUUAAGUGACAGGCAGAUUGUCUAAAUUAUUAUUCAGGGUUGUUUGGGAAACCAGUGUUGCCUGCUUCAACUAUUUGCUUUGCCCUAUUUAGUCACAGGAAAAGAAAAACCUUAUGUUGGAAUUCCUCAUUUUACAACUGAGGUGCCAGCAGGGCAGAUACAUAAAACCUGUGUUUAUUAUGCAGACACACUUUUUUUUUGGUGGGGGGGACACAAAAUGGCCAUAGUCUUUUUUUAAGAUAAUACUUUUUAGCUUAUAUAAUACAUAGCUGUCAGUCAGAAUAAAAAUGAGUGUCACAUCAUGCUUAGACCCAUUCACGUCCUUAUCAAGCUCCCCACCCUAAACUGCCCAAUCAGUUCUCGGUCUUGUGUUUAGGCUCCUUUUCCCCCCUUUCCAGCCAUCCUCUAAUGAACCAUUUCUCUCCCUUCCUAGACAUUAGGACACUUGGAAAAGGCGGUGGUUCUUGAACUUACCUUGAAGCACGUGAAAGCACUAACCAGUCUCAUUGAACAACAGCAGCAGCAGAUCAUUGCCCUCCAAAAAGGUCUACAUGCUGGUGAGUGCUCUGUGACUGUGCUGUUGUUACCCUGACCAGGAAAGCUCCUGGAGACUGCGAUGGCUCUAUUCCUCACACUUUUAAUACUCUUGCUAAUGUCUUCCAAAUCCUCUUCAGCUAAUUGUGCAUGCAUCAGAGCAGUCCUAUGGAUUUCAGUGGAACUGCUCCGGGGGAAGAGGGCUCUAAUUCUUCCUUGUGCUAUCAAAAGUAUAUAAAACUUGUCCCUAUCCUUUGCCCUUUUCAUUCAAAACUAGCUUUAUUUGAAAUUCGAUCAGGUUGUUGUUGUUGUUUUUUUUAAAAGUUCCAUUGCCAACUGCUGUAUCACCUUCAUGUCAGGAGGUGGAUUUCUGGCAGGGUCAGUUUUUCCCAAAAUGGUGUUCCAGCAACCUAGAAGCCUGGAAUAGCUUCUGCACCUCGGAGUGAUCCCUCCCCCAUUUCAUUCAGAGCCCUCUUCUCCUGCAUAAUGUCAUUCUGUGCCUUCUGCUGCCCUUUAACUUCCCCCUACCCAAGUCUUUGCUUCUUCUCCGAUAAGCCCUGUCUUCUCCUCCUUUACACUUUCUGCCGCAUUUCUAUAUAGCUUAAAUCAGGCAUAGGCAAACUCAGCCCUCCAGAUGUUUCGGGACUACAGCUCCCAUCAUCCCUAGCUAACAGGACCAGUGGUCAGAGAUGAUGGGAAUUGUAGUCCCAAAACAUCUGGAGGGCCGAGUUUGCCUAUGCCUGGCUUACAAUGUAAAAGUCACACCUCCCUCUGCAAAGUCACAAGGUAGCCAUCUGUGGUUGUUGCAUCCAGAGUUGCUUACCAUGCAAAUUACCACUGAUAUGUGGACAGUUUUUAUGCCAGGGAUGUGUUGCCUGCGGCCUUCCAGAUGUUGGAGGAUUUCAGCUUCCGUCAUUCCUGGCCACGGUGUUAAGACCCCAAACAAGGUUUGGGUGAUAAGACCCCAAACAAGGUCUUGUAGGGGAAUCUUGGCUCUUUGCCAUUGCGAGCUGCCACCAGGAAUGGCCACCCACACAUGUCACUGUGUGUUGGGGGCAGAUCUAUGCAGCAAACUGCUCUUGACAUUGCAGCUGUAGUGCAGAACGCUACAAGGGGCGAGUGUCAUGGGUCUUACUAUAUCAACUUGUUUGCAGUUAAGUUGACCUGCCCUUGCUGAAGUCUGUAGUGGCUUGGGCACUUCAGGGGCUGUAACAUACACUGAAGCUGACUGAAACCUCAAGCGGUUUAUUUUCAUUCCACGGUUCACCCAACACACUGGAGUCUUGCAUGAUAAGAACUAGUUUGCUUCCUGUUAUGUUUGUUUGCUGUGCUUCAAAGGCUCCUGUUAGACCAACAGAGACAUUCCAACGCAGUGGAAGUCUUCCUAUCUACUUGAGAGAAGCCUGAAUUUCACCCUUGCAGGUUCAAACAGCUACUCAGCUGAAAUAAGGUGUCUUUCUCCAGUACUAAUCCCAAAAUAGGUGGCUUUACAAAGUCUCAGGUUACUACCCUUUCCAUGCUGGCCAGAGGGAGUUAGCAGUGCUGAACAGAAGUGCAUCUUGCUUUUGAGUAAACAUGCACGAACUUGUGCUGUAUGGUUAUAAUAAUGACUGGUUUAACUUUUCUGAUAUAUUCAUUUUUUAAAAUCUUUUCCGUUUCUGCUGGUGUUUCCUCAGAUGAGCUGCCCCCAAGGAGCCUUGACUCCAGCCAGGAGGUGUUCCGGUCCGGUUUCCAAAUGUGUGCCAAAGAAGUGCUGCAGUACGUGGCCAAACACGAGAACAGCAAGGAGCUGAAAUCCUCCCAGCUCAUCGGCCACCUGCACAGAAUGGCCUCCGAGGUUCUUCAGGGUGGAGCCAGCAGAAAGCCUGGCGAUGCUGCCCCUAAACUUACGGAACUGAAGGAGAAGUCUGGCGCUCUGACCAAAGCUGCCGAGGCUCAUGGGAAAAACUGUGUGCCUGUGAUUCAGAGGACUUUCGCCCACUCUAGCGGAGAGCAGAGUGGCAGCGACACAGACACAGACAGUGGAUAUGGGGGAGAGCUGGAGAAAAGUGACUCCAAAUCCGACCAGCAAUAUUUUAAAAAGGACGCUGAGCUCAAGUAUGCUGUCCAGGAGAGAAUCAGCUCUAUCAAACAAGAGACUGAGGACCCGCCAGCCAAAAGAACCAGGAUGGAAAUGUUGGAGGACGAAGAUCAUUUUAGCAGCGAUGUGCUCGGCUCUCCAAGCAGUUUCUUGGGCCCUCACCCUCACCCUCACCAGCCUCCUCUGUGCCUGCCUUUCUAUUUGAUUCCACCCUCAGCGACAGCCUACCUGCCUAUGCUGGAGAAGUGUUGGUACCCGGCCUCUAUGCCUCUCUUGUAUCCAGGCCUCCAAGCCUCCACUGCAGCACUUUCGGGGUUAAUGAACCCAGAUAAGAUUUCUUCUCCUUUACUAAUGCCUCAGCAACUCCCUUCUCCAGGACCAUCCCACUCCCCCAUGGACUCUACUGCUCUGCUUCAGGCUUUGAAGCAGAUGUCUCCUUUGAAUUUGGAAACCAAAGACUAAACUUGGAGUGACUUUUCCUUGAGAUUUCUCUCUCUCCCCACCCCCCCUUGCUGGUUGAGUUUGUGAUUAUUUCAGGGCACUGAGGGGAGUGGAGAGAUCGUUGAUCAUUUAUAUGUAGAGAAGCUGAGUCAUCCCUUGCUUUGACUGCUCAGAGAAUUUAGGAAAGACCUCAGAGAUGAACCCAAAUUAGUUAUGGGAAGGAGAGAGUUCUUGCUGCUUCUCCUCACCCCUUAAAUGUGUUGAUGGGUUUUUGUUUGUAUGUUUUCCUUUCUGCCAUCUGCCAAGAAAGACCUGAAUUGGUUGGCUAGGAUUAUGUUUUAAAGCUGUGAAUGAAACCUAAAAAAAUUAGGUGGAUUUAGACUCUUGUGAAUAUUACAAAAAAAGUGGUACUUCUCAUGAGGACUUUGCUUAGUAAAAGAGCUGGAUUCAAACAGAGAAGCUUCCCCUCUUCCUGCUGCUGCCAAUAUUCAAAACCUUUUAACUUAACACUCACAAACACACAUUACAUAUAUAACAAUUCAAGCAUUGGGAUCAGCCCUGCUUUUAGUAGUCACUGGCUGGCAGAGCACAGUAAGCAAUUCAGGGAGAUUUUGAGACUGGAUUCUCAUCACAUUUCUCCUGAAUUGCAUACGUCAUUUUCCUUUUAGAUUCUGCCUGGAAAUUUUGUCCAGCUUGAGCUUUCGGAUAGGGAUGGUGACAAGAGAGAGAACAUCCUUGAGGAGCGUUCUAUGCCUCCUUGUAUCUCACACUAGGCAUUGCUUCUCAUAACUGCUAGAUAGGAAUGUCUGGGACUUGUCCACAAGAAGUGGACAGACAAACCAUGCUGUGGCACGGUUCAGCUCUGGCAAACAAAAAAUAAAAUAAAACCAGAUCAGACUGGUAGUUUUACAAGGGAGCUGCCUGCCACUAGCUGUUUUACUAUGGAUCCUGUUACGUUGCAAGGAUGUCAGCAGCGUGAUAUUCUCUGAAGUCCAUUCUCAGUUUGCCCCCCGUCCUUGAACGCGACAAGAUGUGGCUGUUAUGUAAGGGAGUUUCAUGCCCAUAGCAGGGUUUGUAACUUUCUUCUUCCAGGUACCAAUGUAAACAGAAUAUGGAAUGUUACAAUUUCUAAGAUGAAGGCCUUACUCAGAUAGCCCUUGCCGUCUGUGGUAGCAGAACUGGCAAUGCUAAGCACUUCUCUGAAACCCAUAAGGUUUUUUGUUUCUUUGUCCUGUUCCCCCUCCACCUGAGCAAUACCUAAUUCACCGGGUGUGGAAUAUAUGGCACUUUUGCACUAAAGCAAGAGGCAGGCUUGUGAUCCUGGUCUAGGCUGGGCAGGUACAGGUGGAAAGGAUCCAAAAGUGAAAAUAACACACCCAACCAAAUAAAUCUUCUCCCCUGCCCUCACUAGUUUGUAUUAGAGCACAUUUUAAAUCGAAGAAACAGACAAUGAUUGUUGGAGGGAUUCCCCUCCAGCAUCUGCUGCCUGAAGCUACUCUCUUACGUUGCAUCCUCCUAAGGCUGGACCUUGAUGAUAGUUUAAGAACUGCAGGAAGUGGAUGAGCAAUGCUCUCUGCAAAAGAAAAGCAGGUCUCUUGCCCAGGUGGCAAUGUCAGUGUUGGCCAUGAGUGCUCUUGAUGGAGACGACCAGAUGUGCUGUUUUGGUGUGUCCUAACCCUAGUUCUACAGCCUCUGCCCCGCUCCCCUGGAACUGAUUGUGUCUGGCAUGGGCUGUGAAGUUUGCACAACUGGAUUGCCAUAUUCACUGCUGGAGUUCCGCAGUGGAAGAUGUUCCCUUUUCCCCCCGGGACGCUUUCCUGUGCUCAUAGUUGUGUGCUGCCGCACCAAACCAAAUAGUGUGAGAAACCAUCAUCUAGAUGGAGCAGAUUCUGCACUGGUGAAUACUCCCAUUUGAUUUCGGCUACUUAAAACAGUAAUAAUAAUCCAUGUCAUAUGGUGGUGUCAUCUGAGUAGUUCUGAGACAUUCAUAGAGCUCUGUGGUCCUACGAAUUCUCCUUACACUAUUGCACCAACUGCUAGAAUGCACUAUGCUGAAUUGCAGAUCGUAUUUGACCAUUUAUUUUAUUGUCUGUUUUCAAAAAAAGUUUUUUUUUUGUACACAGUUGUUGCCUUUAUUUGUAAAAUCUGUUAUAAAUAUAAAUGUGUACAUAUAAAUAUAUAUUAUAUGGAUAUGUAAAAAAAAUGUUUCAGAAGUCUAUUAUUUGUAAAACUACUUGAGUACAAAGAAAGUGGGAAAUAUGAAUGUAUUCCUGUUUUUCUUUUUAUUGAGGAGAAUGAUCCAUUCAUCCUCUAGGGAGAGGUAGAGUGUUUAUAUUUUUGGAACCUUCCUGAACGUGGGGAUAUUGUAAAUAUUUUUAUCAGAGUAAAUGUUACGUAGUUGUUUUAAAAAAAUACUAAAUAAAAUUCUUUUUCCUGUGGAA